AUGCUAAAGCUUAAUGGAGAAUUGAGCACUGCCAAGGAGCUGAAAGAUCAGGCGGGGGAGAGAGACAGAGAAGUGAGCAACCUUAGCAGCAAGCUCCUGAGCCUGCAACUCGACAUCAAGAACCUUCACGAUGUCUGCAAGAGACACGGGAAGACCUUGCAAGAGAACCAGCUGUGCGUGGAGGAGGCCAUGAUGAACAGCAGCCACAAGAAGCAGCAAGCCCAGGCUUUAGCAUUCGAGGACUCCCUGAUGGAGUUUGGGUCAGCGAAAGAGUGUCAUCUGAGGCAGCUCCAGCAACUGAAGAAAAAAUUGCUGGCCCUUCAGCGAGAACUAGAGUUUCGCACCGAUGAAUUACAGACUUCCUACUGCUCCCUCCUGCAGUACCAGUCCAUCUUGGAGAAGCAGACAUCUGACCUGGUUAUACUGCACCAUCACUGCAAGCUGAAAGAAGAUGAGGUGAUUCUCUAUGAGGAGGAAAUGGGAAAUCAUGAGAACGCAGGGGAGAAGCUCCAUUUGGCACAGGAGCAGCUUGCCUUGGCCGGGGACAAGAUCAUCUCCCUAGAAAGGAGCCUGAACCUCUACAGGGAUAAAUACCAGACUUCCCUGAGCAACAUCGAGUUGCUGGAGUGCCAAGUGAAGAUGCUGGAAGGCGAGCUCAGCGGGCUCAUCAGUCAGGAGCCUGAGAACAAGGGUGACCACUCAAAGGUGCGUCUAUACCCUUCUCCCUGCAUGAUUCAAGAGCACCAGGAGACCAUGAAGCGACUGUCUGAAGUCUGGCAGAAGGUCUCUGAGCAGGAUGAUCUAAUCCAGGAGCUUCGAAAUAAACUGGCCUGCAGUAAUGCUUUGGUUCUGGAGCGUGAAGAGGCUUUGAUAAAAUUACAAGCAGACUUUGCUUCUUACACUGCUACCCACAGACAUCCUCCCUGCACCGCAGAAGACUGUGAGGACAUCAAAAAGAUACUGAAGCACCUGCAGGAACAGAAAGACAGCCAGUGCCUGCACGUGGAGGAGUACCAGAGCCUCGUGAAGGAYCUGAGCACGGAACUGGAGGCCGUGUCAGAACAGAAGAAAAACAUCAUGAAGGACAUGAUGAAGCUGGAGCUGGACCUGCAUGGGCUGCGGGAGGAGACGUCCACCCACAUGGAGAGGAAGGACAAAGAGUCUGCCCUCCUGCAGCACCGGCUGCAGGAGUUGCAGCUGCAGUUCACUGAGACCCAGAAGCUGGCAAUCGUGAAAGAAAAGUUACUCCAAGAAAAGGAUGAAAUGCUGAACGAGCUGGAGAAGAAGCUGGCGCAGGUGCAGAACAGCCUCCUGAAGAAGGAGGUGGAGAUGGAGGAGCAGCAUUGCCUGAUGAGGGAACUCGAAAUUACCUUCAAGGAGAAAGCCAGGAUGGAGUACGCAGCCCUGCAAGGCGAGAUCCAGAAGCUGAGCGACGCUCUUGAGGACACCAAACAGCAGCACAGGCUGGCAGCCCAGCAAGCAGCCCAGUACAAGGAAGAGGCCUUGCAGGCGGGGAACACUCUGGAGGAUACCCAGAGGAAGCUGCAGGACUGCAUUUAUCUAGACCAGCAGAAAGCAGACACCAUCCAGGAUCUACAGAGAGAGGUGCAGAGGCUACAGGCGGAAUCCGUAGCAGCUGGAGAGGAGCUGGCAAGCAACAGGAAACAGAUAGAUGAGCUGACCUCAAACCUCUCUGAUACCCUGGGGAAGCUGGAAAACUCAGACAAGGAAAAGAAGCAGUUGCAGAAGGCAGCAGAAGAGCAGGACCAGAAAUUAAAUGACAUGCAGGACCAGGUCAAACUUGUUCAGUACCAGGUAGGCAGUGCCAAAAACAAGCUAGAAGAGGAGAUACCAGAGCUGACACAGACACUGAAGGACAAACGGGAGCAGCUGAAAAAGAGCAAAGAAAACGAGAAGCUUUUGGAGGAUGAAAUUGAGGCUCUACGACAGGAAGAUAAAAAGAAGGAAAAGAUGUUGAGAGAAAAUYUGAGGAAACAGGAGGAGGAGAAAGGAAAUCUCCAAGAAGAGCUGAAGCAAUGUGCUACGCAGCUGGAAGUUUCUCUCAGCAAGUACAACGCCUCCCAGCAACUCAUCGAGGAGCUCAACUUAGAGAUGGCCCAACACAAGGAUGCCAUAGCGAAUCUGCAAGCCCAGCUGGACAAGGCGUUGCAGAAGGAGAAGCACUGCAUGCAGACCAUGGUGGCUAAAGAAAUCUACGAUAACUUAUGCCGGAAGUCAACCACCUGCCAGGAUGACCUGACGCAAGCCCUGGAGAAGCUCAAUCAAGUGACCUCCGAGACAAAGAACCUGCAGCGAAGCUUGUUACAGGCCCAAGACAAGAAAGCUCACCUGGAGGAUGAAAUCGUGGCUUAUGAGGACAGGAUGAAAAAGCUCAAUGUGGAAUUAAAAAAACUGCAGGGCUUCCACCAGCAGAGCGAGCUAGAGGUGCACGCCUUCGACAAGAAGCUAGAGGAGAUGAGCAACCAGGUGCUGCAGUGGCAGAAACAGCACCAGAACGACCUCAAGAUGCUGGCAGCCAAAGAGAUGCAGCUCAGGGAGUUCCAGGAGGAGAUGACCACGCUGAAGGAGAACCUCCUCGCAGACGAUAAGGAGCCCUGCUGCCUGUCCCAGCGGUCUGUGCCCAAAGACCCAUGUAGGCUCCACCGAGAGAACGACCAGAUUAUGUGCAACAUGGAACAGUGGGCAAAAGAGCAGAAGAUCGCCAACGAGAAACUAGGAAACAAGCUCCGGGAGCAGGUCAAGUACAUCGCCAAGCUGACUGGUGAAAAGGACCACCUGCACAAUGUGAUGGUCCAUCUGCAGCAGGAAAACAAGAAGCUGAAGAGUGAGAUAGAGGAGAAGAUAUUGGCCGGGAACUCAAAGAUGUGCACCAAAGCCCUAGGCCCCAGCAAACUGGAGCCCACACAGCGAGGGAAAAUGUGUGGCCUCAUGGGCCCAAAAGUGGACAUCACCAAGAUCAUUGGGAUGCCUCACUGCCCAGUGGAGUAA